GGGUGAAAAAAAAGGAGGAGGGCACAGAAGUUUGACAUACUUAAGACAAAGACCAGGACUUGUGAGCUUCAGUCUUUUCUGCACAUCACCAGCAAAUCCAUUGGAAAAUUAAGGAAAACAACUGUGAGCAGAAAAUACAAGAGCAGAAACUGGAGAGAUAAAACCAGGAAACUGCACUAGGGGGAAAAAAAGGUCCACUAAAAUAAUAAAAACAGUUUGUUGAAGUGACAGUGAGUCUUUAGAGGAGCGAGGGAUCUGAAGACGAGGAGCAACAACCUGGAGGAGGAACAGCAAGAGGUCCAAAGGGCCCAGCAGCACAGCUUCACCAUGAGUGUGAGCGGGACCCUAGACAAGGGCGCGCACCAUCAGACCCUGGACCUGUCUGAGGAGCUGCCGCCUCACCUCCACCACCACUCCAACCACCAGCAGCAGCAGCUUCAUCUUCAUCACUCCAACUCUCUGGCCUCCACCGCGGCCGUGGGCGGAGGCCGGGAAACGCCGUCACGCGUGGUCAUACCCCCGCCUUAUUCUGCGGCUGAGAGCGGGGGUGGGGGCAGCGAGGCCCCCCUGGAGCUGCGGGGCUCGCUGGACUGCUGGGCCUGCUCGGUGUUGGUGACGGCCCAGAACCUGGUGAUCGCCGCCAUCAACGCCUGCCUCGCCGGCCUGGUGUUCGGCACCAUCCUGACGCCGGCCACCGUCAUGGUCGUGUUCGGCUUUCUUUGUCACUCUACGGUCCGCCCCCACGGCACCACGCCCUACUGCUCGGACCUGCUCACAGACGGCGGCUGCGUGGCCCUGCUGGUGGUGGGGUUCCUCCUGGUCACCCCCCUGCUGGUCCUGGCGCUGGCCGCGUACUGCCGCCUGGCCCGCCACCUGCAGCUGGGCCUGUGCUUCAUCCCGUACAGCCGGGCCGUGUACAAGAACCUGCCGGCCACCCAGCACCGCGGCCUGGGCACCGGCUGCUGCGGCGGGAGGGACGGAGGCGACUACGGCGGGAAGGGGAAGGUCUGGGUGUGAGGCAGGAGGUGGGGCGGGGGGACCGUUAGUUAAAACUUAUAAAAAGGGAAGAUGAACAAACAGGAAGUAAAUAAAACAUCUAAAGGCUCAAUCCCAUUUCACACAUUCCCUCUACAGUUUGUGACUUGAGAGGACCAGAAGCUGGAAGUUGAAGCCGUUUAAAACGAGCGCCCCCUGGUGGCUGCUUGCUAGCUAUUAAGUCCCGCCCCUUUAUAUAAACUUACUGGAUAUUUGCCUCAAUAAAAAAUAAAAAUACACUCAGAUUGUUUUCAA